AUGCCUGCAAAGCAAUUUUAUCUCCUUGGAGAGUCAGUCUCCUCCGCUAGGAACAUCGAUGUCGACACAACAGGUGAUCUGGUUGCACUCAAGGACUUGAUUGCAGCUCACUUCGCAAUCGUUGAGCCAAGUGGUAUCGAUUUCCAAGCUGAAGACCUCCCAUUGAACGAAAUCUCCGAAAUCACUUCGGCCAACACUCCCAUAGCCAUCACCAUCGAUGGAAAUGCAGUCCGUGAUGCUCCAGGCCCGAAGGGUCUCCCCUAUGUUGGAAAUUUCUUCGAAGUCUACCCAGACCACCUCGGCAACCACCAGCGACUCUUCGAACAAUACGGCCCAGUCAUCAAGACAACAAAUCUGGGCCGCGUAACCUAUCAAACAAAUGAUCCCGCCAUCUCUGCGAUCGUCUUUGCCGAGUCUGACUUUUUCACAAAGAAGAUCAACGAGGCUCAUCCACUCUACCCCCUAAAGCAGCCCGAGGCCGGUGUUUUCCUGGGAGAUACGGAUACUCCCGAGUGGAAGGUUGCUCAUAAGUUUUUGCCGCCGGCUCUCGGUCCCAAGGCUGUUCGUCACUAUGCACCAACAAUGCAGAAGACAGUGGAGGAUGCCUUCAAGGUCUUUGAUGAAUUUGAUGAGCGGGGCGAAGCCUGGAAUGUUUAUCAGUAUAUGCUGAAGCUCGGCGCUCAAGCAGUUGGAAAGCUCACGCUUGGCUUGGACUUCCAACACUUCUCAUCUCCGGACGCACCGAUGCACGAGAUGGUGCAUUUGAUUGCUGGAGUUCUUUCUCUCAAUAAGAAAGUCUCGUCCAAGGGAGAUUGGUAUGCUAAACUGCCAUUCGGUGACCCUAAGCGCCUCAACGACUACAAAAACAGAGUUGAAGAGAUCGUGACUGAAACAAUUAAACAAGCUGCCAGUGGUGGCAUUGAGGACUUGCCACUGCAGGAUGCAGCGCUCAAGGCGUCUAACAUGAUCGAUUAUGCCGUCCGCGCAACCGAUAACAAAGGCGAGAAACUACCCAAAUCAAGCUUGAUCUGGGCUCUCGUCGUCGCAACCGGAGCUGGCUUCACAACCACCAGUUCCCUUCUUUCCUGGCUCAUCUACGGUCUUGUCACCUACCCUGGUAUGCAAGAGAAGCUGCUUCAAGAACUCAUCGACAAUGAUAUCGAUGAGAACACCGAGAUCACAGCAGAUGUCACCGAUAAACUCGAUUUCCUCGAUAAGUUCAUCAAGGAGACCCAGCGUCGCCACAACCCAAGUUUCCAACCUGGCCGAACCGCCAAGAUUGACCUUGUGCUUCCCGGAGGAUACAAAAUCCCCAAGGACGCGGUUAUUCUCCCCGCGCUACACCACAUCCACAACAACCCCGAUAUUUGGGAUAACCCCAAUCAGUUCAACCCUGACCGCUGGGACACUGAUGAGGUCAAAAACAGACACAAGGCUGCGUAUAUCCCAUUCGCUAUGGGCCCACGCAUGUGUAUUGGAUUCAACUUUGCCUUGCAGGAAAUCAAGGUUUUCAUCCCGAAACUCCUCUUCCGGUACAAGUUCAUUCGGGAGGGUAAUGAACCCAUCGAGUAUGAUCCCAUGUUCCAGUUGAUUCGGCCUAAUAACCUCUAUGUUCGCACGGAGCGGAGAGUGAAAUGGCCCCCGAAGACCGAGACAUCGGGAACGGAGGGUGUUUGA